AUGGUUAUCACCAAUAAGACAUAUACAGACACCCUCUUCGCGAAACUGGCGCACUGGGAAUUCAGACUCGUUUUUGCUAAGAACUACAUAUUCUGGAUUAAGGAUCUGCCUCAUGAGGGUCUUCUACGCUACUAUCUUGUCGGGAAUCUAGAAUGGGUUAUGCCGAUCAGCUCUGAUGCUCUCAGAGCGAUCCUAGUGACAAAGGUUUAUGAUUUUGAAAAGCCAGAGAUUAUGAGUUAUGGUAUGCGAAAGACACUGGGAAAUGGUAUUCUCCUUGUUGAAGGUGAAGAGCACAAGGUACAACGAAAGAACCUCAUGCCUGCUUUCUCUUACCGUCACAUCAAGAACCUUUACCCUUUAUUCUGGUCCAAGAGCACCGAGAUGGAGAGAAUGCCGAACUCCACGAACGUUUCCGCCUGUGCCUGCUGUCACUGGGACCGGAAUGAUAUAAUAUGCGAUUUUUAUCGGGCGCCAACCCCACAACCGGGUGAAUGGGAGUCGUCUACCUUGAAGAAGCUUCAAGAACAAAACCAGGCCGUCAUCGCCAAGUUCAGAUCAGCUUCCGCGCAAUGGGAGAAGAUAGCAGCCGGAAUUACUGAAACUCAAAAUUCUGCAUUUGGAAUCAAUACCGCCUUGCUCAUGGAAGACCGCCAGCUGGUGGCUGAGAGUACUCAGAAACAGGUACUUGCUACAAUGACUUUGAAAAACGAGCAGGAGAAUGGAAUGAAGCUCGCAAUGGAGGCCAUCGACAUGUGUACCGCAAUGCAAGAUUUUAUCGACGAAAAAGUCAAGGAGGAAGAUGAACGGUCCAAGCGGUAG